AUGGCGCCGCCUCCAUCAUCCACCCCGACCACAUCCAGUGCUGGCUCAACGCCCACUCCUUCACCAGCACCCUCUCUCAUCCCUCCUCCGGUCCCUGUUGAGACCCAUCCAAAUCGAGGGAAGCCCCAAGCAAACCGGCUUCUUCCAGAUCCCAGUCGUCUUGCGCCCGAAGAUGCAUACAAGGCAUUCUCGCCACCACGACUACGACCGGUCCCCGAGAUUAAUGGAUCUGCCGCCGCGUCUGCCGCGGCCGCUGCUCUUCGACCAGCGGUUGCAUCGCUCCGAGCACCACCAGCCAUUCCUCCUGUUGCAGCGCGACUAGCAGAAGAAAAGAGACGCGCGGCCAGUCGGCGAUGUAAGCAACCACGCGUCUGGAAAAAAUUACUUUGGAUCAAACAGCACGGUUUUCCGGACAACUACACUGACACCGAGACAUUCCUUGACCACCUCCAACGCAAUCCCAGGUUAAGGCCAUACGACUUUUGGCCUCUGGUCGCAGACUCGGCGGUCAUUGUGCAGCAUGUUUGCUCCGUGGCCAUUUUUGUGUGCGCAUACGCCGGCAUUUAUCAGGACCGUCUAUCCCCGGUGGCAGUGGUGACAUGUGGUACCAUUGCCACCGUAGCAGGCUGGAUAGUAUGGGAUUAUUGGAUGGGUCAAGAAGAGGCAGAAGAGAUGGCCGCUCUCUUGAAGGUGAACCGGCCGUCAAUUGAUGUCGACGACGGUUCAAGUACCAGUUCAGGGGCCUCGGCGAAGCACACAAUGAAUGGUAAUGGACAUGUCAAUGGAGGACCAGUUGGUCGCGGUGUUGGACUAAAAUUGUCCACCGCCAAUCUCGCGGUCAGGGACGGCGAACAAGUGUUUGCCGGGAAGCAUGGUCAAUCUCUGUCCAAAUCGUCUUUCCAAUCCAUCUCACCCAUUGAUCCGCUGGGCGACUAUCCAAUGGAACCAUUUCCUGAUCUUCGUCCAACAACGUCGCGUCCGCAGGUGCCUCAGUCACCCAGCAUCAGCUUUUCUCCCACCACGCUGCCGACCUCUAUUUCACCUCGCAAUCAAGCACGCCUCAAAACAUUCAAGUCUGCCUGUCUGAUAUAUUUCGCUCUGCUCGGAUUGUCACCAAUUCUGAAAUCGUUGACCAGAUCAACGUCAUCAGAUUCCAUCUGGGCUUUGGCGACCUGGCUCUUGAUCAUCAACAUCUUUUUCUUCGACUAUGGAAGUCUGUACAUUCCCCCCCAGCCUCGAAAGCCACCGCCGCCCCUCGAAACCUCGUCGGCGGCUCCGACUAAUCCAUCCCCGGCACACUUCAAUUCAUUUCGCUCCCCUCCAUUUCCGUCCUCAUUGUCUACGAAUGCCGCCUUGAUGGCCAGUACUGUGUUGGCAUCUCGCCUUCUAACUACGACCGCGGUUUUCAGUCUUACCCUCUUCUCCAUCCAAGUAUUUGGUCUGUUCCCAGUAUUUCGCCGCCAUCUUCGUCACAAAUCAUUCAAUCUCCAUCUUCUCCUCACUUUUGCGCUUGUCACCAUGUCCACCUGUAGCUUGGGGUUAAUUUUAUCGAAAUCAUACACACAUACGUAUGGUGACUGUGGGUUUUGCUGGGGUUGGAUUUGGCAUGUGAUCCUUCGGAGUACAAUAGGGUUUGUGGUUGGAGGGUUCAGUACAGCAUUUAUCAUGGGAGGUUGUUCCUGGUGGUUGAUCGGUUUGCAACGGUACAAGAACGUGGUGAUUGGACCUUGGGAUCCAGCCAAACCUGUUCUGGCUGGCGGCGUCUAUGGAAGAAGUAGAACAGGUACUGAGUAA